AUGAGCUUCUUUAGGCAAGUCAGACUUCUACUCUGGAAGAACUGGAUCCUCCGGAAAAGACAAAAGCUUCGUUUUCUGGUGGAGCUUGUAUGGCCUCUCUCAUUAUUUCUUGCCCUUGUCUGGCUGAGGAAAGCUAAUCCACUGUAUCGCCAACAUGAAUGUCACUUCCCAAACAAGGCAAUGCCAUCUGCAGGAACACUGCCAUGGUUACAUGGCAUCUUCUGUAACAUGAACAACCCCUGUUUCCGCAGCCCAACGCAUGGAGAGAGUCCAGGCGUUGUGUCCAACUACAAGGAUUCCAUCCUUGCAAGGGUAUAUAAAGAUGCUCAGGAGCUCUUACUGGAAGCCCCUGAAAUCCAUGACCUUGGCAGAAUCUGGGAAGAACUGAGCGUUAUGACUCAGUUUAUGGAAACAAUGAGAACUAAUCCUGAAAGAAUUGCAGGAAGAGGAAUACGAAUUCUAGACAUUUUGAAAGAUGGGCAGACUCUCACUUCCUUCUUGCUGGAAGAUGCUGGCCUCCCAGAUAUUGUUGUUUUCCAGCUUAUUAAUGCUCAAGUGCGCCCUGAACAGUUUGCCUACGGUGUCCCUAGCUUGACUCUGAAGGACAUUGCUUGCAGUCAGAUGCUCCUGACCCGCUUUAUUAUCUUCAGCAGCCGAAGAGGUCUCCCUUCUGUGCACAAGGCCAUGUGUGCCUUGUCCCAGGAAAGCCUACAGAGAGUAGAAGAUGCCUUGUAUGCAAAUGUUGAUUUCUUUAAGCUAUUUCAGCUGCUUCCCACUGUGUUGGACAGAAGCUCACCAGGUGUUGACCUGAAGGUCUGGGGGAGGGUGCUGUCUAGUGUGUCACAGGCAGUGCAAAAGCUAGCCAGGAAGCAAAGUGUUCAGGACCUUUUGAUGGCUCUGCAACCAUUUGUACAAGACAGAAGGCCAGAAUCCUUAGGCCACUUGGUGAGCAACCUGUCUGAUCUUUUCUGUGGCUACCCAGAAGGAGGUGGAUCCAGAGUGCUUUCCUUCAACUGGUAUGAAGAUAAUAACUACAAAGCUUUCCUGGGGAUUGAGUCAACAAAGAAAUCCAGUUAUCUUUAUGAUAAUACAACCACACCCUUUUGUAAUGCAUUGAUCCAGAACUUGGAAUCAAACCCUUUAACCAAAAUAGCCUGGAGUGCUGUGAAGCCCCUGCUGAUGGGAAAAAUUCUCUUUGCUCCUGAUUCACCUUCUGUACGGCAAAUCCUAAAAAAUGCAAACUCCACUUUUGAGGAACUUGAACGCUUCAGACUGUUGACCAAAGCUUGGGAAGAAGUAGGACCUCAGCUGUGGUACUUCUUUCAAAAGAGCCUGCAAAUGAAUAUGAUCCGUGAGUCUCUGAAGCACCCUACAGUGAGGGGCUUCUUGAACAGCCAACUGAGUGCUGAAGGCUUAACUGCUGAACACAUAAUCAACUUUUUCCACAAUGGGUCUCCAGGGAGCCGGGAGAAGGGAAUGGCAGACUUUGACUGGCGGAACAUCUUCAGUGCUGCAGACCAAGCUCUGCGUUUGCUCAGUCAAUAUCUGGAGUGCUUGACCUUGGAUAAAUUUGAAGGUUAUCUUGAUGAAACUCAACUGACUCAUCAAGCCCUUCAUCUGCUGGAGGAAAAUAAAUUCUGGGCUGGUGUCGUUUUUCCAGACAUAGAGCCUACAACCAGGAGUCUUCCACCACUUGUGAAAUACAAGAUCCGGAUGGACAUAGAUGUAGUGGAGAAAACAAACAAAAUCAAAGACAGGUACUGGGAUCCUGGACCAAGAGCUGAUCCUGUGGAUGAUUUACGUUAUAUCUGGGGAGGCUUUGCAUAUCUCCAAGACAUGAUUGAGCAUGGGAUUAUAAAGAGCCAGACCAACAUUGAAGUGCCAUUAGGAAUUUAUCUGCAGCAAAUGCCAUAUCCAUGUUUUGUGGAUGAUGUCUUCAUGAUCACCUUAAACCGCGCCUUUCCCAUCUUCAUGGUGCUAGCUUGGAUAUAUUCAGUUUCCAUGACUGUGAAGAGUAUAGUGCUGGAGAAGGAAAUGCGUCUGAAAGAGGCUAUGAAGAACAGGGGUAUAACUAAUGGGGUGAUUUGGUGUGCUUGGUUCCUUGACAGCUUUGUCAUGAUGGCUGUAAGCACGUUCCUCCUCACAGCACUGAUUAUGUGCGGACAGGUACUACAUUACAGCAGUCCACUUCUCUUCUUUCUAUUCCUACUGACAUUCACCACAGCCACCAUAAUGCAGUGUUUCUUGUUCAGCACCUUCUUCUCCAAAGCAAAUCUGGCAGCUGCCUGCAGUGGAGUCAUCUACUUCACCUUGUACCUGCCCCACAUUGUCUGCUUUGUCUGGCAAGACCGCAUGACCGUUAAUCUGAAGAUCCUAGCAAGUUUGCUUUCUCAAGUAGCUUUUGGUUUUGGUACAGAAUACUUGUCACGCUAUGAAGAGCAAGGUCUUGGCCUACAGUGGGAUAACAUCAGAACCAGUCCCUUGGAAGGAGAUGAAUAUAGUUUUCUUUUUUCUAUUAAAAUGAUGCUUUUUGAUGCUUUUCUCUAUGGAAUACUUUCUUGGUAUCUUGACAAUGUUUUUCCAGGGGACUACGGGCUACCACAGCCUUGGUAUUUCCCUGUGCAGGAAUCUUACUGGCUUGGCUCUAGAAACCCAAAAGCUGAGAAAACAGCAACUGCUGAUGUAAAUACCUUCUUUGAGCCUGAGCCAACAGGAUUGAUUCCAGGAGUAUGCAUUCAGAACCUGGUGAAGAUUUUUGCCAACAGGCCCAAGCCAGCAGUAGAUGGGAUGAAUAUUACUUUUUAUGAGGGCCAGAUCACAGCCUUCCUUGGUCACAAUGGAGCAGGAAAGACAACCACCAUGUCGAUACUGACAGGCCUCUUCCCUCCCACCUCUGGAACUGUGCUGAUUGGCGGCCUGGAUAUUCAGACUCACAUGGACUCCAUUCGGCACAGAUUAGGCAUGUGCCCUCAGUACAACAUCUUAUUCAAUCACCUUACUGUAGCAGAGCACAUCUUGUUUUAUUCUCAACUGAAAGGGAGAUCCAGGGAUGAAGCUGAGCAAGAACUGGAAACAAUGCUAGAAGACAUGGGCCUCACCCAUAAAAGGAAUGAAGAGGCUCAGAAUUUGUCAGGUGGAAUGCAAAGGAAACUGUCUGUUGCCAUUGCUUUUGUGGGUGAAGCAAAGGUGAUAGUCUUGGAUGAGCCCACUUCUGGAGUUGAUCCGUAUUCCAGGCGGUCUAUCUGGGAUCUUCUGCUGAAGUAUCGCUCAGGCAGAACCAUAAUCCUCUCAACCCAUCACAUGGAUGAGGCAGACAUCCUUGGAGACAGAGUAGCCAUCAUAUCCCAAGGGAAACUCUUCUGCUCAGGCUCUCCUGUAUUCCUAAAGAACUGCUUUGGGUCUGGUUUCUAUCUCACUCUUGUUCGCAAGAUGAAAAACACCAGGCUUAGAAGGGCUACAUCACUUUGUAGCUGUGGAUCUCGGUGCUCCUGCUCCUGCUCCAGCUGUGCACGGCGGGACGAAGAAGGAGGAGCUCCAGAGCAGGAACUGGAUGGAGAUCUGAAUGAGCUAGCAGAAGUAAUUCAUCAUCAUAUCCCAGAAGCAAAAUUAAUUGAAAGCAUUGGUCAGGAACUCAUUUACCUUUUGCCCAAUAAACACUUUAAACAGCGAUCUUAUGCCAGUCUCUUCAGAGAACUGGAGGAAACAUUGGAUGACCUAGGACUCAGCAGUUUUGGAGUUUCAGACACACCACUUGAAGAGGUUUUCCUAAAGGUCACGGCAGAAGCUGAUCCUGGAAUGCAAAAAGCAGGAGACACUCAAGAAAAUGGUUCUACUCUUGGCAAAACUUCUACUGAGAACAAGCUAGCUGAACAAACUGCACUGAAAACUAAUGACACUUCUCGAAUGCCAGUAGGCACAGCAGGAGAUCAAGACGAAGGCAAAGGGUCCCGACAGUAUAAAGGUUUUCAGCUUGUACAUCAGCAGAUCAAAGCACUGCUCAUCAAACGGUUCCACCAUGCCUCCCGCAGCCACAAGGACUUCCUAGCUCAGGUUGUUCUCCCUGCUAGUUUUGUGUUGCUGUCUUUAAUACUUGCAGUCAUUGUUCCUCCGUUUGGAGAAUAUCCCGCCUUAACCUUACACCCUUGGAUCUAUGGACAACAGUUUACUUUCUUCAGCAAUGAACGUCCUGGCAGUGAGCAGAUGGUCUCCCUCACUGAUGCUUUCUUGAAUAAACCAGGAUUUGGAAAUCGCUGCAUGAAGAAUCAGCCUCUUCCGAACUACCCAUGCAAUAAUCUGCCAACUGCCUGGAACACACCUGCUGUUCAUCCUAACCUAAGCAGCCUCCUGCUGAGCCAGAAGUGGAGCCCUGAGAAUCCUUCACCUUCCUGCAAGUGCAGCGCUCACAAGAAACUCACUAUGCUGCCAGAAUGCCCUGCAGGUGCAGGAGGCCUCCCGCCACCACAGAGAGUGCAGCACAGCACAGAAAUUCUUCAAGAUCUGACCCACAGAAAUAUUUCAGAUUUUCUGGUGAAAACAUAUCCCACUUUGAUAAAAGGGAGCUUGAAGAGCAAAUACUGGGUCAAUGAGCAAAGAUAUGGAGGAAUUUCUAUAGGAGGAAGGCUCCCAGUCCUUCAUGUUUCUGGAGAUCAAGUUGUCAAUUUUUUAAGUGAUCUUGGCCGAAUGAUGAAUGUGACAGGAGGACAAGCUUCACUGGCUGCUGCCAAAGAAAUUUCCAAUUUCCUUAAAUACAUGGAAACUGAAGAUAAUAUUAAGGUGUGGUUUAACAAUAAAGGCUGGCAUGCUAUGGUUAGUUUCCUUAAUGUAGCCAAUAAUGCAAUCCUUAGAGCUAACUUGCGGACUGGCCAAGCCCCUGAGGAAUAUGGGAUCACUGCUGUAAACCAUCCUCUGAACCUCACUAAGGAGCAACUCUCUGAAGUCACUGUGCUGACCACUUCAGUGGAUGCUGUUGUGGCCAUCUGUGUGAUUUUUGCCAUGUCCUUUAUACCAGCUAGUUUUGUUUUAUACCUGAUUCAAGAACGUGUAACAAAAGCCAAGCAUCUACAGUUUGUCAGUGGUGUGAGCCCUACAAUCUACUGGUUAACUAACUUCAUGUGGGACAUAGUGAAUUAUGCACUGAGUGCUGGAAUGGUUGUGGUUAUAUUCGCUGGAUUCAACAAGAAAGCAUACACUUCUCCGACUAAUUUCCCUGUGCUUGUUGCCUUGCUGCUUCUGUAUGGAUGGGCAGUAAUUCCCAUGAUGUACCCUGCUGCUUCUUUCUUCAGCGUCCCUAGCACUGCUUAUGUUGCAUUGUCUUGCAUUAAUCUCUUUGUGGGGAUCAACAGCAGUGCCAUUACAUUCAUCCUGGAGUUAUUUGAAAAUAACCCGUCUUUGCUGAAGUUUAAUAAAACAUUGAAAAAUGUGCUGAUUGUCUUCCCACAUUUUUGCCUGGGCCGUGGACUCAUUGACUUGGCCAUGAACCAAGCUGUGACUGAAGUGUAUGCCAGGUUUGGUGAGCAGCAUGUUUCCAAUCCUUUUCAGUGGGACUUUGUUGGAAAGAACCUGGUUGCCAUGGCUGUUCAAGGGGUUGCAUUCUUCAUUCUGAAUCUCCUUAUGCAGCACGAUUUGUUCUCCACAAGAUGGUUUGCGGAGACUGCCAUGUCACCUGUUAUUGAUGAAGAUGAGGAUGUUGCAGAAGAAAGAAAAAGAAUUAUGAAUGGAGGGAACAAAACAGAUAUCUUAGUAUUACGAGAACUAACCAAGAUUUAUGCAGGUAGGCACAAGCCUGCAGUGGACAGACUCUGUGUUGGCAUCCGUCCCGGAGAGUGCUUUGGUCUUUUGGGAGUGAAUGGUGCUGGCAAAACAACAACGUUCAAAAUGCUGACUGGAGAUACUGAUGUGACAUCUGGAGAUGCUGUAGUGGCUGGCAAUAGUGUAUUGACCCACAUUUCUAACGUCCGUCAAAACAUGGGAUACUGCCCUCAGUUUGAUGCCAUUGAUGACCUGCUCACAGGACGAGAACACCUCUACUUAUAUGCACGCCUGCGGGGAGUUCCAGCAGAGGAAAUCAAGAGGGUUGCUGAAUGGGGCAUCCAGAAGCUGGGACUUCCUAUGUAUGCAGACCACCUGGCUGGUACCUACAGUGGUGGCAACAAGCGCAAGCUCUCCACUGCCAUUGCACUGAUAGGCUGCCCACCACUCGUCUUGCUAGAUGAACCGACUACUGGAAUGGACCCUCAGUCCCGGCGCCUCCUGUGGGACUCUAUUGUCAGCAUACUCAGAGAUGGGCGAGCUGUGGUUCUAACCUCACACAGCAUGGAAGAAUGUGAAGCCCUCUGUACUCGUUCAGCCAUCAUGGUAAAAGGUACCUUCAGAUGCCUGGGCACAAUUCAGCAGCUAAAAUACAAGUUUGGAGAUGGCUACAUUGUCACUCUGAAAAUCAAAGCUCCGAAGUCUGGGCUGCCUCCAGAUCCUACUCCUGCUGAGCAAUUCAUACGCAUGAACUUCCCAGGGAGUUUACAGAGAGAGAAACACUACAACAUGCUGCAGUAUCAGAUUUGCUCCUCCUCUCUGGCUAAGAUUUUUCAGUUAAUAAUCUCCAAUAAGGAAAACUUGCAUAUUGAGGAAUAUUCUGUGUCUCAAACAACAUUAGAUCAGGUUUUUGUGAACUUUGCUAAACAGCAGAUGGAGGAUGAGGAAAUUCCUUUGCAUCCCCGUGCAGCUGGAGCCAGCCGAGAAGCAAAGGUGUCCCCUGCUUUGCAUCAGCAGGCAGUCGCAUAGACUAUUCCUA